AGCUUCCUUUAAUAUUGCUAAUUCUGAUGAUAAUGUCUUUGUUUUUGACUUUGAUACUACCACUUUUGAUGGUGGCUUCAACAACGUUGACAAUAUUUCUAUUACUUUUGAUGAUGUUGCAUUUGAUGAUAUUGCUAUCACCUUCGAUGAUGUUGGAAUGGAAGGAGAAGAAGGAACUACUACUGUAACUGCUGAAACUUCUUUCAUUUGA